AUGAACAAACUCUUAUCCAGUGUGACACAAGAAAAGAUAGAAUGGAUACGAAAAUUUCUCUUGAUUUGUCCGAGCAGGGAUGUCCAGGUGAAGAGCAUGGAGCAGACAGUGAAACAUGCUGAGCGGUACAUGGGUGAGAUCUGCUCCCUGCUGGCCUCCUACACCAGGAAGACAGCCAAGCUCAGAGACAAGGCAGACCUGCUGGUCGCUCAGCUCUUUGACUUCUCCAGCAGAGAGGACCCCGAGCUCCAGAUCGGCCUGAAAAACAUGGCUGAAGACCUGGCCAUGGUGCAGGACUACAGGCAGGCUCAGGUAGAAAGACUGGAGACGAGAGUUGUUGCUCCCCUAAAAGCCUAUGGAGACAUAGUUAAAAAUAAAAGGGCAGAUCUGAAGAAGUUCAGCACUGAUGUGAACAGAGAGCUGAAGGAGUUGCAGAAACUGGAAAAAAUCCGACUGAGGAACCCAGCAGAUCGACAGAGCAUUUCUCAGGCAGAAGUAAAUGCUCAGAAGGCUUCCAACAAUGCCCAGUGCAGUAUCAAACAUCUAGAGGAAACCAUCAAAGACUUCCAGAGACAGAAACUGGAGGAUAUCAAAAGGAUUUUCACAGACUUCAUUACAGUGGAGAUGCUCUUCCAUGCUAAAGCGCUGGAGAUCUAUGCGCACACGUACCAUAACCUGGAGGCAAUUAACAUUCAAAAGGAUCUGGAGCUGUUUAAUAGACGGAUCAAGAUGGCUGACUCUCUGGCUGGGCUCCUGGAGACACCUCUGACCAGCUACUCUUCUCCCCUCAUGAGCCGCUACCCCAGUCCUCCUCUGGCCUCCCCCAAAAGCCAAAGGCUCAGGUCAAUGCUGGCCUCUACCACAGGCCAAAUCCACAGGCAACAACACAGCCAGUACCCAGACACAGACAGGAGGUCUCGCAGCACCUUACAACGCCAGAGAGGCAUGGAGGAGGAAGAGGUGGAGGAAGAGGAAGAAGAGAUUUCUGAAUCAGAGACAGAGGGUCAGCACACCAGCAGGCAGUCCUACGCGGCUCAAUAUACCCAGAUGCGCAGAUGGCAGAAGUAAAAACAACCGUGUUAUGUCAUUUUUUCCAUGCUGAAACAUAUCAACUGUAGAGCUGACUUCCAGUCAGAACUUCUUUUAAUUUUUAUGAUCAAUGUGCAGUCUUUAAAAUUAUUAUUCUAUAAUUAAUAAUAUAAAACUGAACACAAUGCAAUUCAUGUUUUUCACAGUUGUAUAAGUAAUUGCUCUAUUUGAUCAUUUCUAAUCUCUGCUGGAAAGGAGUCAGCGGGGCAGAAAAAGGCUUCCCAAAAUUAACCCAGACUGAUCAAUUAAAA